AUGGAUGGUUCGGAGAGGCGGUCGUUCCGCCCCACGGUAUCCCACAAGAGGCCACGCACGGAGAAUUACUCCUCUCCGUUUAGCGAUUAUCGGGAUAAUAAUGAUGAAGCGGAGUCAAACGGCGGACCUCCGCUGUCUUCACCGCCCCAGCGCUCCUACGGGUAUCCGUAUAUGGGUUUCGAUCUCCCAACCACCCCCGUCCGCCACCGACCGUCCAGCCCGAGUAACGAGCACACAUCGGAAGAGGAAGGAAGCGACAUGUCGGACGACACCCUCAUGAGCGACUUCAGUUUACAUGAGGAAGGCCUGGGCACAAUAGAGAACGCCUCCGACACCGAACACUGGCCGUGGAGCGAUCCGCUCAACGAGGACUUCGCAUUUCUGGAUCCCGAAGUAGAAGACGAAAUCGAAAAUAUGCGCAGACAAGGAGACCCUCUCGCAUAUGCAUUGGCUCUGGAUCGAGCAAACGAACACGAGCAAGCACCACCGAUCAUUGACCUCACUUCCGACAACGACCGGGGAAACGCAAUGCAGCGGAAUAGAAAUCAACUCGGUCAAUCCUCCUCCUCUCCGCUCACUACCACCAACAACGACAGGAACACCAGAAAUAUUAUCACCAUGGGUUCCCACCAGCAGGACGGUUCUCGCAAUCCGUUCGAUCCGCCACAUCACUCCAACAAUAGCAACACAAGCGCCGCCGGCGAGGAAUACGUGCUCCCCAGCAGUUCUAACCGUCCGCUUGAUACUCUAGGCUUCAGACCGACGGCGGCCUUCGAAGCACGUACUAACCACACCUCCUACAACCCCGUGACGGGGGAGACGAUGCAUUAUUCAGCUCAACCAAGCGGACCGUCGAACCCUCCCACACAGGAGAGGUGGUUUUCGCACCCAGGCCGUCCGAACACAUCCAUGCAGGAGAUUGCCGGGCCUUCGUCUUCGGAAGGCCGACCUUUUAUCCCGCCGGUGGACCUCACUCGAUCCUCUCCCCUUUUCACACCCGGCACCAACUUCGCCGAACUGGCGAGAAACAAUAGACACGGCGGCAGGAGGCCCGACUCUGACCAGACCGCACCUGAGCGACGUUUCGCCCGCGGACCCACGUACACCCUCGGUUCCGACAACAUCGUCGAUCUGACCGACGACAUCACCGAGCACCAAGCCACCGCCGGCGCCUCCACCAACCAUCACGCCCACCCCGCCUCUAGCCCCGAAGUCCAAUUCAUCGCCCAACGCCACCGCGUCCCUCCCCCACCCCACCACCGCACCGCCAUGACCGACCCCGAAAUCUCGCUCGAAAUGGAAAUCAUCCGCUCUACUGGCCCUGGCCCCAUACGGGCGGAAGCCGUACACACCCGCGACCCCCGCAACAAUAGCGUCAUGGCAGUCUUCCGGCCGAUGUUCGGGUCGCUCGUGUCCCGCCAUCUGCCGGACGCGUUCGAGGCGCCGGAUCUGAACUUCGCGACCGUGGGGUUCGAUUUGCGGGGCGAGGGGCGGCAGCGGGAGGCGACGGCGAGCCCAGGGUAUGCAGCGCCGGGGCCAGCACCGGAGGGGUUUACGAGGUCGCCGGAGGAGGGGGAGGAGUUGGUGUGUCCGAAUUGUGGGAAGGAGUUGUGUGCGGGGGUGGAGGGGGAUCGGAAGCAGGUGUGGGUGGUGAAGGGUUGUGGACAUGUGUACUGCGGGCUAUGUGCAAAGUCGAGAAGCAAGUCUGGUCGCGGGAAGGGGAAGAAGAACGCUGCGGGGUUACCGCCACCGUUUAAGAGCUGCGUAGUCGAGGGAUGUGGGAAACAGUGCUCAAACAAGACGCAGAUGGUGCAGCUUUUCCUCUAA